UGUUUUUCUUUUUAAAAUUUAAAUUUUAUUUACCAAAAUUAUUAUUAUAUAAUACCAAGACAACACGAAAAGUUAAGGAGGAGGAACAGACUGGAAUCAACUGGAAAUGGCCAUUUGUUGUUGUUCUGGUUUGAGCACAAACUUCCGGCAAUUUCGUGGCAUAAAAUGUUUGCGACCAAUAUCCGUUUGGUUGUCGUUGCUGCUGUAAACGUAUUCGUUGUCGUUGGGCCCUAAGCCAGCCAGAAGCAGAGAAGCACAGACGACUCCUGUUCUUCCACCUAUUUGCCGUUGGCCCCGCACCCCGUGCUCAUUUCCGGGGCUGUCGUUUCCGCCAUUUUACAUUUGCAAUUCGAAUUGGCGCGCGAACGUUUUUUUCCCCAUUCUGGUUGCAUAUGCGUGGGCUAAUUAGCAUGCGGCAUUGCCACCGACAACAACGGCAGCAGCUAGACCCGCAAUCAGAGUAGAGUACACAAAAGGACUAAUAACCCGCGUUGGGCUGGGCUGAGAACAUGGAGGAGGAUGUGUAUGCCUCUCUGGGAUCCUACAACGACAGCGGUGGCGGCGGCGACGAUGGCUGGAGCAGUGCGGAAACUACUGCGGAGCAGCUGCAGAACCUGCUGCUCUGGGAGGACGAGGGCCCGUUCGGGAACCUCAGCAAGCGGCCCAAUCAGAGUCAGCAGCAGUGGAAUGCGACCAAUGCCACCGGAGGGCCAAAUCCCAUUGAUUCCCCGUUCGACGCCAACAACUACUGGGCCCUGCUCGCCCUCGUGCUGGUCCUGGGCACAGCGGCCGGCAACAUCCUUGUUUGCCUGGCCAUCGCCUGGGAGCGGCGUCUGCAGAAUGUGACAAACUACUUUUUAAUGUCGUUGGCCAUCACGGAUCUGAUGGUCGCUAUGCUGGUGAUGCCGCUGGGCAUUCUUACCCUGGUGAAAGGAUACUUUCCGUUGGGGUCCGAGCACUGUUUGACCUGGAUCUGCCUGGAUGUCCUUUUCUGCACGGCCAGCAUAAUGCAUCUGUGCACCAUCUCCGUGGACCGUUAUUUAUCGCUCCGUUACCCGAUGAGAUUUGGUCGGAAUAAAACGCGACGAAGAGUCACCCUGAAGAUUGUUUUCGUUUGGCUUUUGAGCAUUGCCAUGAGUUUGCCUCUCAGUUUGAUGUAUUCCAAGAAUCAUGCCUCGGUGCUAGUGAAUGGGACUUGCCAGAUACCGGAUCCGGUCUACAAGCUCGUCGGGUCCAUUGUUUGCUUCUACAUUCCGUUGGGCGUGAUGCUGCUGACAUAUUGUCUGACCGUGCGAUUGCUGGCCCGGCAGCGCCAGAAUUUGGGCGGUGGCCACCAGACGGCAGCCGCCACACCCGGCUGGGCCAGCGGGUGGCUGGGGCAGGCUCCAGCCUUGGAACGACGAUGCACUUGGCGUCGUCUGCUGAAACCGGGCCCAGGUCACGCGUCCUCCGUGCUGCACGCCCACUCGGCCAAUUCAACGGAUACGGAUCUUAGCACCUUGGACAAUCACGAGCUCUGGCUGCCGGACUCCAGCAUCAAGGAGCCGACGCCGACCACAAUGACAGCACUGCAUCAAUUCGGAGCCGAGAUGCUGAAGCUCUCACGAGGCCUCGAGUCGGUGGGCUCCUCCUCCACCACAGGAUCGCCCACCAAGUCCGAAUUUUCCAUAUCGAACCACCUACAGUUCCCCAGCAGCCCCCAGCGCUAUGCAACCCAUCAUCAGCCGCCGCAGCCACAGCAUCUGCAGGGGAGCGCCUACCACCAGCAGACCUCGCCCAAGGGUCGGCACGGAACCACAAUUCUGGGACUGUCAACCACAACCCUGGGAAUAGAGCGAGAAAGCACCCGGAACUCCUUGGCCAGCAGCCGCCUGGGAGGAGACCAGAGCGACGGCACACUCUCUCAGCUGUCGCAACGCCUGCGAGCGUACAAGAAUCGUCGUCGGGCCUCGUCUGCAGUUCCGGGGCGUGAACGCCGCGCUGGCAUCGACGACGCGGAUGAGGAUCCGGACACCCCAACAACGACGCUGAGGCGCCACAAACGGCACAACAGUUUGCCCAAGAAUGCGCUCUACACAAGACACACCACCGUACAGGAGAGCAUCGACGACGACGAUGUCGGCGAGGAGGAGACCACGGCGCACAGUGAUCGACGGUCGAGGUUGAGGUCGACAGCGACUGGCAAGGGCUGUCACUCGGAUACCGAGUUGGAUCCACCGCAGGCGAAGCAGUGCCACGUUGGAGGCCCAAGCCACCAGUCGGACUACCUGCAGCUGCCCUCCGUGUGCACGUGCCCCUACUUCGGAGAUCGGCCGCUGCAGAACUGUGUGAAGACGGCCGAGGUAAAGAUCAUUUCAUCCGCCUUCCGGGUGACCACGACCACAACGGCGGUGAGUAGUUCCCCAAGUGAAAUGGAACUGCUUCUCUGCAGCAGCGGCAAUAAAAAGGCCCUCACCUCCAGUGUGAGUGCGGGCAUAGCCGGACCAGGAGGCACUGCAGCAAACGGAGGAGGAGGAGUCCCGCCCUCUGGCGCCUCAACCCUUAGUCCUCACUCUGCCUCUACCCAGAACCAGAACCAGAACCAGAACCAAAGCAGCUCAUUGACGGUCCAGAGCGAUGGAAGCGGCUACCUAGCUGCUCCGGGAACCCCCUGCCCCGGGAGGCGCAAGCUGAGCAUCUCGAAGACGGCUUCGGUGGUCACUUGGGAUGCCAGCCGACAUCGCCGGCGGGGAAGCAGCUUCGGAGGGGUCCGGACCUCGCUGCUGCUGACUCCGACCAAGACGGCAGCAGCGUCCACUGCAUCAACGCCACUGCGGCGCUCGGCCACCCUGCGCAGCCACCAGAAUAUGAACUACCAGGCCGGGACGGAGUGCGGUGGCGGUGGCGGGGGCGGGGGCGGCGGAAAGACCAGGGCGACCACUUCAUCGCCAUGCAUGCUGCAGCGGCAGCAGACUGUUCGCUCUCACCAUUCCAGAAACUCCAGUGUGAUCUCGAGAAACUCGUCGCGUCACGGCCGAAUCAUACGGCUGGAGCAGAAGGCCACCAAGGUCCUGGGCGUCGUUUUCUUCACAUUCGUCAUUCUGUGGUCCCCCUUCUUCGUGCUCAACCUGCUGCCGACGGUGUGCGGCGAGUGUGAGGAGAGGAUCAGCCACUGGGUCUUUGACGUGGUCACCUGGCUGGGCUAUGCCAGUUCCAUGGUCAACCCCAUCUUCUACACCAUCUUCAACAAGGUCUUCAGGCAGGCAUUCAAGAAGGUCCUGCUGUGCCGCUAUUCCAGCACGAGCGCCUGGAGACCGAGCAGAUAGCAGACGCCCGUUAAGCCAAGCAAACUCAAGGCGAAGCCCCAGAAAUGCCCCAGCGUGGACUUUCAGGAUUCCAUUGCAUUGCAGGCGCCAGAAGGACCAGGGCCCGCAGGUCAACGACGCCAGCGGGCAGCCCCUGUGGGCGUCCUCAAGAGAAAGGGGGCAGUGGGAAGCAACAGAUAAACCCACAACCAGGGAAAGAGUGCUUCACCCAGUCCGUUUUGUCUGCGGUCCACCGCACAACGUGUCGUAUACACAAUUUGUGGUUCGCUGUCGCUCCACUUGUCCCCAUUCUUGGCACAUACUCGUACACCUCCGAGUCUGUUUUGCGUGUGUGUGUGUGUGUGUGUGUGUACUAAAUGUCCUCGAGGCUUAAGCGCUUAUGUCCCUCUAAUUAAUUUCAAAUUCAAUUUGCAUGCCAUUGAAGACACAUGUCCGGUCAGCAGUGUAAGGCUGUUAGGGGGAGGGCAAGAUAGUUUCAUCAAUUGAAAAUUCCAGGAGGCUUAGGCAUCCCGCAGGUAGUGGAAUAGCAAACAUAACCUUCUCCGACUGCGGGUAUCUUGAAAAUUAAGUUCGACUUGAAUAAUACGAACAGUAUUCUGGUACCAAAGUGCCAAGAGUGUACGAAAAAUCCAUUUCUUCUUUUAAAUAAAUUCCUACAAAGUUGAAUCCACAAACACAUGUUACUACGACCUGGAAGAUUGCAUUGAAACUACGAAAAAAUGUAACCCUCAGAUAGAAAUAUUUGUAUAUAUUUUCGAGCAACAUCUCCUUGAUUGUUCCCUAGCACCCAGAUACUAUGAGAGUCAGAACAGCCGCGUUUGUUGUACAGACUCCUGUGCACUGUGCACACACAUACGUUGGGAUUUAAAAAUUCAUAUAUUUAAACUGAAUUGUGGGUAUUUUCUUAAAGGGCACGAGUUCCAUUCCGGCUGGUCUUAUACAUAAGACUCCCCUCGAUAGGUGAUAUUCGAUAGAGGCAGGCAAUUAUGCCGUGAAUUUAUGUGAAAUGUUCUAUCCGCAAAUGCACGAAAAUCGUAUACCAAAUCAUUUAAGGAGCCGACACGUACACAAAUCCAGGGGAAUUUGUGACUUUUGUUGUUUGUUCGUUCGUGUGCUUGAUGGCGGUGUGGCUCGUGUUGUUUUUGUUGGCCUAGCAGAUUGCUAUUUUUAUUUGAAAAGUUCAUUCAUUUUGUUUUAUUUCUGUGGGUAAAUGAAAAAUUUCAGCUGGUCACGUAAGAGCUUGGACCGGACGGACCCUUGAGGCGGUCAGGAUGC